AUGAAAAAUAAUGAAAUUAAUCGAGUUCGAACAUCAGCAGUAACAUUUAAAUCAAUUAAUUAUUAUUUAAAUACACAAAAAUGUGGCAACGUAUUUCAAUUUCCAUAUUUAUUAGCUGAUCGAAAAGAUCGACAAGGUUUUCAAAGUGAAAUUCUUUUAAAUGAUCAAUUACAACGUAAAGAUUUUCAAUAUUAUGAUGGUUAUGUUGUACAAGAUGAUAUUGUUAGUGGAACGAAAAAAAAUAAAAUUGUCGAUGAGAUUAUUAUACAAUUAAGAUUAGAAAAAUAUGCAAAUACAACAGUAGGAGCUGAUUUUAAACAUAGAGUAUCAGGUAGACAACGAAAACGAACAAAUAUUGAAAUGGAAUUAGUUCUUUCACCUAUGGUUUUGUUUUUAGAUGAACCAACUACUGGUCUUGAUUCAUCGAUGGUUCGUAAAGCAAUAGAAUGUCUUCAUCGAUUAUUUCGAACAGGAUCUCUGAUUCCAUCUGUUGGCUGUUCGAUUGCUAUCUUGUAUCAUAUGCUUUCUAAUCAAACUCGACGUCAUGCCAUUAAUAAUCAUGUUAUUAUUCUUCUUUUAUUCAAUAAUUUGAUGUAUGAACUUAUAGAUAUUCCACUAUUUCUUAAUUAUUAUCGUUUAGACACUGUUUUGCCUGCAACACAAAGUUUAUGUCUUAUGUGGAUAUUUAUUGAUGAAGCAUUGUAUUCUGUUUCAACAAUAACUGUUGCUUGGGCAUCAAUUGAACGACAUAUACUUAUCUUUCAUAGUCAAUGGUUAUCUAGCAGUAGAAGACGUUUUCUUAUUCAUUAUGUUCCGUUGGUAUCACUGGUAUCCUAUGACAUUUUGUUUCAUUUCGUUGUCAUUGUAUUUCCACCAUGUGAAAAUAGUUUUUGUUGUACUAUUAUUAUAUUUUAUUUAAAUGAAGUUUAA